AUGAUAUUGGGACCCCUUGGGGUGCUCCUGGCGGUUUUCCAGCUUGCCUGGGCCACGUCAGUCGACGAAGGUGCCAUCAACUGAUGUAAGCCUUCUCUUCUGACAUCUGGUUUCUCGGUGACAUACUAUAGUAUGCCCAUUCGUCAGAACACCUCUCCAUGCUAUGAUCCUAACUACUCAGACUCCGCGUAUUUGCAACGGUGGAUAUGAAACCUACGGGUACGGUAAACAGGGCAGCAGUUCCGGGGUUACCAAUCUGACUUUUAGCUCUGGUACUGUUGGAUCAUUUUGUGCGGUCGUCAAGGGCUACAUGCCUUCAAACUACAACUACGCCCCACAAAUCACAGUCACCAAUUUCUCCAUGCUAAUCACAGGGUACUUCUACGCCCAGACUCGUGGUACCUAUAUCUUCAAUCUUGCUUAUGUCGAUGACCUAGCAUACAUUAAUGUGGAUGCGGGCAAUUCUUUCGAUUGUUGUCAACUCAACUCAACGGUUUCGAAUCCAGGACCGUUCACCUUGUUUGCCAAAUGGCCCCAAACUUCAAACCAGAUCAGCGGUGAUCUAAUCGGGGGUGUUUACUACCCUCCUCGUCUGUUUUUUGUAAAUAGAAACUACUUGGGUGGACUGCAAUCAAUUCAGUGAUCCGCUAGGAGUCGUACACACAGACUGGACGUCCUACAUCUUCUCAGCACCAGAUGGCGAUAAGUGCGAUGUACCGCCUGAUUAUUCGACAAGCGUUUGUUCUAAGACGUACACGUCUUCUUAUACUCUUGUUUCCACGUUCACUAAUACAAAAGGGCAAUUCACAACGAAUAACGUGGUCGUCGUAGAGGAACCACCUGUCUACUCUACCACUUCCACCUCUGUAAAGCCAUACGAUGGCUCCUUGACAUCAACUUACUCUACUACACUAACCACGACUACGGGCACUGAUGGAUAUCAAACGGUAAAUACAAUCUACUAUGUUGAGACUCCAACCAUGGCCUACACUGUGUUCACUCCAGGAACUGGUUCCGAGACUUCGACGUACUCGACUACAACCACUACUUUGUACGUUGAGGAUGGAUCUACGACUGAAGAGACAAUUUUCUAUGUCGAGACCCCAACUGUAGCGACCACUGCACUCACCGGACGGACCGGUUCUUUCACCUCGACUUACUCGACCGGUGUAACGACUUUCACUGGAUCUGAUGGUAUUCCAACCACUGAAACUGUGUACUACGUGGAGACACCAAGGUCAGGAUACUAUCUGAAUACUACAACUCACAGUUCUCGUUCAGGAACUAGACUAACUAGCAUGGAGGAAUCGACUAGUAUGCCAAAACCUACUUCUGCGUUCUCUUCUCUCCCUGCCUUUCCUCUCGAGCCAUCCACUGCUGCUUCUCCAACGUCGAAAACCGCGUAUUCAACUAAAGUGUCACCUCAAUUAUCAUCUGAGCCUUCCAAGCCGCUUGCCUCCAAUGGUCCUACGGUCCGUACAUUGAGUUUAAAGCCAAGUUCUGCUCCAGAACCCGCUCAAAGCGCUGCUGGCCCGAGUCAUGUCACUGGAACUGUGACGGCCUAUACAACAAACUCAGGGGGAGCUGAAACCGCUGUUGGUUCU